ACCCUUCCUGUCUUAUCGGAACUGGGUGUUGGCUUUAAGAAAAACAAAACAAAACAACCAUCUCUGUGUGACCACAGGGUGUCUCACUUCAGAUACAGAGUUGACAGUUUGCAUCAGACGUGUGUGUGUGUGUGUGUGUGUGUGUGUGUGUGUGUGUGUGUGUGUGNUGUGUGUGUGUGUGUGUGUGUGUGUGUGUGUGUGUGUGUGUGUGUGUGAAGGCACAGACACCAACAUCCACACCAGAGCGGUGCUUCAGCUUCCUCCCAGCAGAAGAUGACUGCAGCACGCCUUCAGACGCACACACCCAGCUCUGUGUCCACAGGUCUGCUCUCUGACUGACACGAGCUGAAGAUCCGAGCAGGACCGAGUGUUGAAGUAAACAAUGAUGGCAUCGGAACUGGAAAGGAACAGACAGCGUGUUAAACAGCUGCUGGAGAAACCUGGGAAUGGAAAGUGUGCAGAUUGUGGAGCUGCAGACCCAGAGUGGGCAUCCUACACCCUGGGAGUGUUUGUGUGUCACAGCUGCUCAGGUCUCCACAGAAACAUCGCUCAGAUCAGCAAAGUGAAAUCUCUGCUGCUGGAUCCGUGGAGCUCCUCUGAGUUAGAGUUUAUAGAUUCUGUGGGCAACAAUGUGGCCAAAGCCAAAUAUGAAAAGUUAGUACCUGCCUUCUUCUAUCGACCUACAUACAAAGAUUGCUUGCUCCUGCGGGACCAGUGGAUCCGAGCCAAAUAUGAGAGGAAAGAGUUCAUGAGUGUGGAGAGGCAGGAGGCCUACUCGUCAGGCUACCGAGAGGGGUUUCUAUGGAAACGAGGGCGAGACAAUGGACAAUACCUCAGCAGAAAAUUUAUUCUGUCUGAACGCGAGGGUGUUCUGAAAUACUUCAACAAGCAGGACGCCCGGGAGCCGAAAGCCAUUAUGAAGAUUGACAAUGUGAAUGCCACUUUCCAGCCGGCUAAAAUCGGCACUCCUCAUGCGCUGCAGAUAACUUAUUUAAAGGACAACAGCACCAGGAAUAUCUUUGUUUACCACGAGGAUGGGAAGGAAAUUGUGGACUGGUUUAAUGGCAUCAGAGCUGCCAGACUUCACUACCUGCAGGUGGCUUUUCCUGGUGCCUCUGACUCAGAGUUGUCGCCAAAGCUAACCAGGAACUACCUGAAGGAAGGCUACAUGGAGAAGACUGGACCAAAGCACACAGAGGGCUUCAAGAAGAGGUGGUUUACGAUGGAUGACAGGAGGCUCAUGUACUUCAAAGAUCCAAUGGAUGCGUACGCUCGAGGUGAGGUGUUCAUCGGCAGUAAGGAGAACAGCUACACUGUUCUUCCCGGCCUUCCUCCCAACGUUCAGGGAUACCACUGGCAAUUUGGAAUUACAAUCGUGACUCCGGACAGAAAGUUCCUCUUUGCCUGUGAGACCGAACAGGAUCAGCAGGACUGGAUUGCAGCGUUUCAGAUUGUCAUCAACAAGCCAAUGUUACCGCAGGAGUAUGCAAUUGAAGCCUAUUUUAAGCACAAACCAUGAUUGUGCUUGGACAACUUCUAGUGCAAGAACUUCCAAAGGAGCGAUCGACUCUCCUACACUUCACCUGCAUGAAGAACCAGUCACUCAAAUUGCGACUUUUGUUUGGUGACGUGACCUAAACCUGAAAGAAGACAGAACUGUUGCUGCUCAUGUGUAAAGUAAUCCAAGUGUGACGUUCUUCUUUAUCAGAUAAAUAAGCAUCAAUAAAUUUCUGACUUUAAUUCA